GCUGGCUGUAGUGCUGGUCUUGUUGCUGUCUACUGGAAACAGUUGGGCUGUGGUGGACCAGAAUGAACUUGCAACAAUCGUAUUUAAUAUCGUGCCCACGUAUAGACCACACUACCCGGUCAACGGUAAAAGUAGAUCACCCAUGUUCAGCCUGGCUGUAGCCGUUCCAUACGACGAUAAAACCAAAAAGUAUGAUAUCAGUCAAGUCUUUAACACUGACUCUGCAAACUGUCACUCAAAAAUGUAAAGUGUACCCUGGCCGUAGAGUGGUUGCAGCCACUGUUCUGAAAUGGCCUGAUGUUGUGAAAUGGUGUCCUAAUGAACCUGUGCAAUGGAAGGAUGUUCUGACAAAAUGUAAUCAAGAGUCUAUGACAUGGGCUGAGCUGAAGCAGAUGCGUCAGGAUAGUAAAACUGAGAAAGAGUGCCUUGAAUCGGUUUCGAAUCGUAGAGCUGAUCAUGCAGAGUACCGUACUCUGCAGCACUUCAACUUGGUCAACAAUCAAAAUGAUUUGUUGCUUUUCUACGUUCUUGCUUCUCCAUGUCAUGACAAAUGUGCAGCUGAGGGAGUAUCAGGGAAUAUUCUCGAAAGCGUUAAAAAGAUUAAGAAUUGGAAUAACUAUGCUCUUGUGUUUUCCGAUGUGUUCCAGCCCCCUGGUAAAUCCGAACUUGAGGAGAACCGUGAAGCCCUUGAGCGGCUUGUGCAAUCAGUUGGUCUGAGAAACAUAUUCCGUUGCAACAUAAAAGGUACACCUGAGUGCAGAAGCUGCUCUGCUGGUAAUCAAGUUGCCCCCUAUUGUUUUGAAGACAAUUCCCAGCCUGGUCCCAGCAACAACUUGCCAUCCACUUCACAAAGCAACAAUAUUAAUCCAAGCGCAGGGGUGUCCACAAAUGUUGGCAGUAAUACAGGAGGAGGUCAGGGUGGCAGCGGCAGUGGAGGGGGCAAGUGCCGCCAAAGACGUCGCAAGGGCAAGAAAGGGAAGAAUAUUAAUGAAGGUGUCCGUAAUACAGAUGUUGACAGUAAUACAGGAGGUCAGGCUGACCUUAGCAGACACAAAGCCAGAAAAGUGGGUGGACGCAGAGUAGGGAGAAAACAAGGAGGUGGGGGGAACAAGCAGAAGAGUAAGAAGAAAACACAGAAAAACAAAAGGAAGAAAGCGCAGAGCAGAGGGACAACACAGUGGAGCCAGGGGGUAGAGGAGAGGGCUAAACAGCAGAGUGAGAGGAGGCAGAAGAGUAAGCAACCAAAGAGAAGGGAGAACAGGCCCAGGGGUGCAGAAAUGCAGAGGAUUAAUCAACCACGGAAGACAAGAAAGGACAGCGGAGUUAGUGGGAGGAGAGGAUACGCAGAAUGAGCUUCAAAUCUAUGUAUACAUAAACGGCCAUAAGUCUUUACCAGAGAGUUUGCAGAGAGGGGACAUGAAAUGUACAUAAAAUCUAAUUGGCCACCCCAAGUGCCACCCAAUUCUCCUUACCUGUUCCACUCCACUUUAAGAGAAUAAGACAGGCUCUGUUUUAUAGCUUGAUUGAAGAUAUUGGUAUCAUAUGAAACUAGAUGACCUACCGCAUCCACUGCUAUCAACAUGACAUGCUAGCAUCUUGGGCAGGAGGGCAAAUAAUGCUCAAAAGUUAGGCUAAAUUUUAAGCGAUGGAAAACCUGGCAUCUGAUCUCAAGAUAUCUUAAUGAAAAUUGGUUCUAUGGGUACCCACAAUAGUGUAUUUGAAUAUGUCUGCACACUGGGGCCCAUAAACAGUAUUGGAAUUGCAUAAAUUGGGAAUGACUGAAAUAAUGAGACACGUAUUUCAUGCCACCCCUGCAUAAGUAAGUGCCUCUCACCCCAGUUUAAAAAAAGUCACCCCCGCAAUUAUGGCUCCUAUUUGUAUGCCUCAUAGUGCUACAUUAGUAAUACAGAAACUACAUUUCCCAAGAGGUCCAGCUUCAGCCACCAGGGUGAACACAGGGUGAUGUUAUGCAUACUGCCAAUGAUUAGGACUAAAAUUCAUACAGUACUCAUGUCAUUGUCUACUUCUGUAAAUCCUAUGAUUAUUUUUGUUUUUGAUUAAA